UUCAGCGAGCCCCAUUUUUUAUUGUCUCAACGCAAAAGAAAUUUUGAAAAAACAAAGAUGGAUUUGAAGUCAGUAGUUGAUAAACCUCACGCUGUUUGUAUUCCAUAUCCAGCUCAAGGUCACAUUAAUCCAAUUCUCAAGCUGGCAAAACUCCUUCACCUGAAAGGCUUUCACAUAACCUUUGUCAACACUGAAUACAAUCAUAGACGUUUACUCAAGUCAAGAGGCCCCAAGCUUCUUGAAGGUCUGCCUGACUUUCGCUUUGAAACCAUCCCGGACGGUCUCCCUUUUUCUGACGCCGAUGUCACCCAAGACACUCCUUCUCUUUGUGACUCCACCUCCAAGUAUUGCUUUGCCCCUUUUUGCAAUCUUAUUCGUAAACUCAAUGAUACUUCAUCUUCCAAAGUCCCACCCGUCACUUGUAUUGUCUCAGAUGGUUCCAUGGCCUUCACUGUCGAUGCUGCUGAAGAGUUCGGAAUCCCUGAUGUACUUUUCUGGACACCGAGCGCCUGUGGCCUUCUAUGCUAUACGCAGCUCCAUCUUCUUGUUGAAAGAGGUUUAACACCGCUUAAAGAUGUUAGCUACCUCACCAACGAGUAUCUGGAAACUACUGUAGACUGGAUUCCGGGGAUGAAAAGUAUUCGUUUACGGGAUUUUCCGGCUUUCAUUAGAAUUACAGAUGCAAAUGACAUCAUGGUCAAUUACAUCAUCAGGGAAAUUCAGAAAGCUUCCAAGGCUUCUGCCAUCGUUUUGAACACGUUUGACUCCUUGGAACAAGCUGUUUUAGAUGCCCUCUCAGUCCUGCUGCCUCCUAUUUACACCAUUGGUCCCCUUCCGUUGCUUACCCGUCAGAUUGCGGAUGGAAAAUUAAAUUUCGAUCUGAGUUUGUGGAAAGAACAGUUUGACACAGUAGAAUGGCUCGAUUCGAAGGAACCCGGCUCUGUGGUGUAUGUAAAUUUCGGAAGUAUCACUGUCAUGACUCCAGAACAACUCAUUGAGUUUGCUUGGGGACUAGCUAAUAGCAAAAUGCAAUUUCUGUGGAUAAUAAGGCCCGAUCUUGUUGCUGGUGACUCAGCAGUUCUUGCACCAGAGUUUCUCACUGAAACCAAGGACAGAGGCAUGUUAGCUAGCUGGUGUCCGCAAGAGAAAGUGCUAAACCACCCAUCAGUAGGAGGAUUUUUAAGUCACAUGGGAUGGAAUUCAACGAUUGAAAGUAUAAGCAAUGGCGUGCCAAUGGUUUGCUGGCCAUUUUUUUCUGAGCAACUGACCAAUUGUAAGUAUGCUUGUAAUGAAUGGGGAAUUGGAUUAGAGAUUAAUAAUAAUGUAAAGAGAGAUGAAGUAGAAAAGCUUGUGCGUGAGUUGAUGCAGGGAGAGAAGGGUAAAGAAAUGAAAAAGCGAGCAGUAGAGUGGCAAUUGAAGGCAGAAAAGGCUAGUGCGCCUGGUGGUUCUUCAUACCAAAACCUCGAGAAACUAAUUGUACAAGUGCUAUUAGAAAAGCAUAUAAAUUGAGGGAGUUGUUGCUGCGUCUGUGUCAAUGCAUAUAUAUAUAUAUACACUAAUUUUGCUAGUCUUUCUUUGGGGUUGAAACUGUUUGUCGCAUGCAUUCCCACAUGUUCAAUUUUUCAAGUGU